AUGAUGCCUCAAUUGAACCACAUCCUAGCGUGCCUAGCACUAUUGAUUCUCACUCUCACAUCGCAAGGCCAUGGACUCAUACCGGAUCCAAAGCGAGAUAACCGCCCCGAAAUGCGAGGGAAAAGCUCGAUUGUCAAACGAGAUGGCGUUGACCAUAAUAUUUUCGAGCAUGAAGCUACUGGAGCCAAGCUUGACUUUGUAAAGAACUCUGGCAUCUGUGAGACAACUCCUGGUGUGAAUCAAUACUCGGGAUAUGUCUCUGUUGGCAAAAACCAGAGUAUGUGGUUCUGGUUUUUCGAAGCACGCCAUAACCCGCACAAGGCACCUCUGGCUCUCUGGCUAAAUGGAGGACCGGGAUGCUCAUCAAUGAUUGGGUUAUUUCAGGAACUUGGACCUUGCACAUUCAAAGGCAACUCCACUACCCCAUCCCUGAACCCGCAUAGCUGGAAUGAAUACGCCAACAUGCUUUUCGUGGACGAACCCAUCGGUGCGGGUUUCUCCUACGGAAGUCAAUCAGUGAACACCUCAGUAGCCGCUGCUCCAUUUGUAUGGAAUCUCAUGCAAGCCUUCUUCGCAAAUUUCGAACAAUACAAGAACCGCGAAUUUGGUCUCUUUACGGAAUCUUAUGGCGGGCAUUACGGACCGGGUAGCCCUCCAACACUUUCCCCUACGCAAUCCCCAUUACGAGUCCAUCCUAACAAACUAACAGAAUUUGCAUCCUACUUCGAAUCACAAAACAAUGCCAUCUCCAACGGUGAUGUCACCGGCCAACCCAUCAACCUAGUCGCCCUCGGAAUCAACAAUGGCUGGUACGAUGCCUACAUCCAAGAAAUCGAGUUUAUAAACUUCAGUCUCAGCAACACCUAUAAGCCAUUGAUCAACAGUUCCCUUGCCGCCCAAUAUAAGGCCGAAAUAACCGCGGGCUGCCUCCCAGUACUCAAGAACUGCACUACCAUCUCAGGGCUAGACGCUGAAUGCUUCGCCGCCCAUGAAGCCUGCGGCACCAUCGAUAACAAAUAUAGCGACUAUUUCCCGCAGGAUGUUGAUUGGUAUGACAUCCGCCAACCGGCCAGUUCGCCGUUCCCGCCGUCGACGUAUUUGAAUUACUUGCAGGAUCCGAAAGUUAUUAAGGCUAUUGGCGCGAAGAGCAAGUACUCGGAGUGUUCAGAUGAUGUGGCUGCACAAUUCAGUCUUGCUGGUGAUUCAUCACGAUCCUACCUCCCCACGCUCUCGGACCUUGUCUCCUCAGGCCUCCCAACCCUCCUCUGGGCCGGCGACGCAGAUGCCGUCUGUGACUGGUUUGGAGGCUAUGCCUGCGUGAACAGCAUAUCCUACCGGCACUCAUCAACCUUCAAAAACAAAGCCCUAACAAACUACACCGUCAACGGGGCCGUCGGCGGGACGUUCAAGACCGUGGGAGACCUAAGCUGGAUCCGCGUGUUUGACUCGGGACACAUGGUACCGGCUUUCCAGCCCGAGUUGGCGUUUCAGGUUUUUAAGCAGUUGAUGAGUAAGGGAACUGUUUGGGCUACGUAG